AUGCUCAAUCCAAGAAGUGGUAGUAAUAGUCGCGAGCCAUUGGCUUGUAUUGCAGACGACUCUGUCGCACUCCUUGACAAUACGGAAAACUCACCAGUGGAAGAAGCAACUCGGCUUACAAGUGCAGGAUGGGAAUAUGAAAUUAGUCCACUUUCGUUGUAUAAAUUCUCUGCACGCUCACCAUCCAUGGCAACACUUUCAUCUCAAAUGAGCCAAUACGCAAAAUAUUCAUCACAUACUGACCUCUCUGUAAAAUCUAUUAAAGACCAGCAUGUCAUGUUUUUCAUGCUUGAAAAAAUUGGUCAUGGAUGUCUUGGCCUUUCACUAGUCAAUGACGUAUGGAUUGGCAAUGUAUAUACUUGUGCUGCCUUCAUGUCAAUCCAAGUUGAUAAAACAGAUAUCAACGCAGCCCCAGAAUCUGUAAACAACAUGCAUAGUGCUGCAGAAGCCAUAAUCAAACGAUAUUUGCUAUCACCUCAAAUAGCCGCUGCUUUAUCGCGAGAUUUUAUCCAUCCGGGAGUAACUGCUGCAAUACAGUCCAAUUGUGUAUCCAAUGAAUUAGCUGUUGAAAUGACGGCCAAAGCAAUUCAUUCUUCAUACAUUACCAAAACAAGUGAGCCUUUGGAAAGGGCACUUCGAUUGGCCGGAGCCCGUUUUGAAGAACCUCUGAAUCAUAUCAUUGUAGAUGUUAUUUUGGAUCCAGGGUUUACGACAAGCAAAGCCUAUCAAUCCAAAUGGGAAAUGAUCAAACCCAUGUUUGGAAUACCAGCACAGGAUUUUAUUGUGCCUGUACUUUCAAAAAGUCCCGUAUUUGUGGAUUUGGAAUUGGUUUCUAGGGCCAUCACACCGCCCCCUAAAGAGCAGUGUAUAGCGUUUAAACAUAAUGAAGAGAACCGAAAAAACAUUUUAAAAGAGCUUCUUAAACUAGAAACAUCUUGUUUAGAAAAGAUGAAGGCGUAUCAGCAGGAGAUCUAUAUGGCUACAUUGAAUAAUCAUCAAAAAAGCGGAUUUACGUCGUUGCUUCUUGCAAAAAGACGUUUUCCAUCUAUUGAAGCACUGAUAUCUAGGCACGAAGCAAUUGUAGCGGAUAUUCAAAAACACGAAAAUAUUAGCGUGCUUGAAUUGGCUAAUAUUUAUAGCACUCAUGUACAAUCUCUUGAAAUCCCAUAUAUCUCGUAUAGCAAAGAGUUUUAUAUUGUAUCCCUAGUCGAUCAGCCGGACUCGCAAGAAUUUAUUGAAUUUAUUCAGCGUGCAUGCAAAAAAAUAUCAAAGAUAUUUAACAUUGAUGCAACACUAAAUUCGCUAAUGAUAGUACCCAUACAACGCAUACCACAGUUGGUUUCUACUUUCAACCGACUUUUACAAAACACUGCUGUCGACCAUGUCGAUAUGCAAGCUAUCCAAAAAGCAUAUGAUGGGCUUUCACACUUGGCACUUUUAAUCGAUCGAUCUACGUACAAAGAAAGUCAGCAGAGUUUUUUGUUUGCAAUGGACAAAGCCAUUGGAACAAGUGGUCAGAUGGUCAGCUCGGGUACUCGAUAUGUAUAUGAUAUACACGCUUCAAGACUGGAUUCAUCAUCCACAACUAAAGUUGCCGUGUCGCUUAUUUUGUUCAAUAAUUUCAUCAUAGUACUUUCUCGACAACCCGCUAUUCAGCACAAAGGUCUGAUUCGCAGCAGUGAAUUUGUAAAAAAUCAAUCUGGCUCAGAGCCUAAAUACAACUAUACAUUCAGCAAAAAGUACGAUCUUGACUGCAUUCAAGUGAUUGAUAUUGACAGCAAAGAAUUUCGUAUUGUUGAGCAGGCAAAACACGAGACAGGAUCAGACUUUAUUCGCAUAGAAGCAGCGUUUGAAGCCAAUUGCAAAGAUGACAAAGAUACGUUUUUGCGUCGCUUUCGCCACUAUAAGAUAUGUCGUAGCUACACACACCAUGCAACUACAAGUCAUGAUAACACGCAAAAAAAUAUGCAACUAUUUGUGGAGCGAUAUGCUGAUAUAGACAUCUACUAUAACUUGAUUGAAACCAAUGAGCUAUCUAGCAAAACUAGGCGAGAUGUGCUAUGUGUGGUCUGUGAAGAUACAACAAAUCUUCAAGGAAUACUUGAAAAGAGUAAAUCCGUAUACAACUCGGCUGGAAUCAUCAAAGUAGUUGACAAUAAAUUUAGCUUUGUGCUUCGAACAACGGCCGAAUCUGAGAAAAUCAAUGCAGUUGUUUCUCUACCUACUUGUGUCAGACCUUUUACCGAGUAUAACAAAUUUAAACCUGAACUACUUUUAUCACUUUUAAACGUAUCCAAGCUUUGCGGUUUGGAUAGUAAAUUUCGUUCGACUAAUAGAUAUAUUCAAACUGAGCAGCACCUCACUUCUAUCUCGAAAAUGUUUCCAAAAGUUUCGCAUGACUUGAACCGUGAGAAAUCGUUUGUACGUAGAUCAUUGAUCAAGCCGUCUCGUACACUAUCGACUGCGUCGAAUUUCCAUCCUGAUGAAGACAAGAAUGCUAGUGGUGCUUUUCCAGUGCAAGGAAAACCCCUUAAACGUUCAGAAUCUAUUCUUUCACGAACUAUGUCUAUUAUGAGUGGAAAACUCUUUCGUCUUAACCGACAUAGCACUGCACAGGACCGGUCUAAGCAUAUUCGAACACAAACUUUUCAUACGAAUACGCCAUAUAUUCCCCGAGAAUCAUCAGGACUAUCCAUUACACCAAGUUUUAUCAUUGAUAAUCAAGUAUCUGCUUCUACUACUGGUACUGGUACCGAAGGUUUACGAGCCGCGCAGACUUUUGAUCACCGUGUAUCCAUAGGUGAAAAACCCGAAUCAAUUGUUUCAAAGGCUGUAUCAGUUUCGGUAGCAAGUCGUGGUGGGAUCCCUGCUGCACCAACCAAAUUCUUGUCUCGUCCUGAAAUGCCGCCUCCAAGUACUGCUAUGCCCUCACAAGCAUCGUCAUUUGCAAAGUCAAAUUCCGUCGUGAUGUCAGAGAUGCGUAUUCAAACUGGUUCGCCUAAUAUUUUGACUCGAUCGUGGCGUACCAUGACUGUCAAGACAAAAAAGCAGGUCACUAAAAUUGAUGGCCCAGAACCAGGACACACGAUUCUAUAUCAUGGAGUGGAUAUUGUUGAAUAUGGUAGCUAUGAUAUUGUUCUCAAGCUUGCAGAAUACAUUGAAAAUCAUGGACGUAGUUCUGUCGGGGUAUAUAGAAAUCACGGUAAUGCAGAUAAACUUUUGGCCAGUCUCAAACAAUUUCCUGAGAUGGCACUGAAAAAUCUGAGUCUGUAUGGAAUUGACGAUAUUGCUACCGCACUAAAAAUAACGCUGAAUCCAGUACACACUCCAGGACUGUUUCUUCCCGAGCCUUUUAAAAGCAACAUACUUUAUGCUGCAGAACACGAAACAUCGGACUCGGAGUUGGUUCCUCAUUUUACAGCCAUUUUCAAAAGCAUGUGUUUUUCUCAGCGUAAAUUCUGUCAUGCUUUGCUCCGUCACUGGCGAAUAAUUAUGGACAAUUCGCAUGUAAAUAAAACGACAGGUCCACAAUUGGCUACUGCGCUUUUGCCCUAUAUCAUUAAUCAUCCGCUUUAUUUUAAGAGCACCUCCAAGUGUCUCAUGGAUGUAUCAGUUAUAGCUUUGGAAUGUUUGAUCUGGAACUAUGAUUUGAUCUUUGCCGAAGAAGCCGAGUUGGAAAAUGGAUCAGCUACUCCAAUUGAUUCGUCAAAGCUUCUGCAUGAUGUAGUGGAUGAAACUAAACCAUUAUCAAUUGAAGAUCAAAACUGCCAUCAAAAAGAACUUAGUUUUAUUUUGAACGAGUCCGACAAUAGAGUUUUCCUUGAUGAUUGCAAACCGGAGUCUAUUAAAACUGAAGCGGUUACGAAAUCCAAACCGGUUUUAAAUGGAGCGCCAACUUUGAAAGUUGAUAUUUUGGAGCCAAGCGAUAGUCAUUUGAGUGUCAACGAUAUUCAAACAUGUGUGCAAGAAACUCCCGUGUUGUAUCCUGAUACAGUAUCAGAGAAUCAUGUAUCUCAUUUUCUUCGCAAAAAAUUAUUGGAGAAUACGGAAUCGCACAUCAAUGCUAUUGGAGAGCUUAAAAAGGAAAUCAACACCAUUACACAGCAACUACAUCGUAGUAUGAGCGACAUUCCUUUAAUUCAGACAGCCACAGUCGUGAAAAGCAGUAGUGACUCGGAUAUGCUUAUGAAUUUAGCAUCUUGCAAGAAACAAGCCAAUGUUUUAAAUGUAAAAGAAAGUUUGAAUGAUGAAAUUGAGCUGGAUGAUGAACCAACUGAUAUACUCGGUCGUGGGAAAACGCUUGUAUCGUAUCAACCACAACCCAAUACGUGUGCUAAGCAUUCUGAUAUCGAUAGUGCUGUAGCGGAAGCAACUUCUUUGGCGUUACUAGAUUCUCUGACAGAGCUGCAUAUUGAGAAUCUCAAACAGACAAACACUCAUCGUGAUGCUACGUGGAUCGACAUUUCUCAGCCAUUAAAUAUUGCUCAAGGUCUUAUGGAUGAGAUCACUGAGGGUAUGUGUAGCAGAGGCAUUGAAAUGAAAAUGUCGGAAGAAAAGAUGCAGCAAUUUGCCUUUGAAAACCAGAGUUUGAUUGCAAAGUCGCGAGUGCUGAAACAGGAAGUGACAGGGUUAGAAGCACUCAAGGCAUCGCUUUCAAACGAAUUUUCAAAAGAUAUGCUUGCGUCCAAACCAACUACUCAACUAUCAAUGGCUACCCUCCAAACAGAACUGUAGUAAUAUUAAUUUAAAUCAAAGGGAAUCGUCUAUCCCCUUUCAACUGCAUUGGUACAAGCCAUACAGUCGAUUUUUAGCAAGAAAAACUUUAAAAAAGAAUAAACUAUAUUUUGGG